AACCUUGCUCACCCCUAUAUUCGUAAACACGUUCUUCAACGUUUGAUGUAUAUAUUUGUGACUCUUUGAAGAAAGCCCGGACCGAUAGAGGCAUGUCCUGAAGCAUGAGAAGGGUCAUGGUUUGGAAACAGCCAAACUCAUGCAAACAACAGUGCAAUCUACUAUGUAAUGCAGUUGAUCACCAAGAACCAGCUAAAGUGGCCCACAUUCAAAAUGCUCCAUACCUAUCCUAAACAUCUCUGGGAUCUGAACAGUCAGAGUCUUGGCUUGCAUCCCGUCCCCGCCAUACAAGCUCAAAGCCGAUCUUCAACUUCAUCAUGUUCGAACUAUCGUCAACGGAACAACAACACCUCCACAUCCGUUCAGGCACAACAAGCGAGCUACGUUCAUCUUCUCCUACCGCAAUAACAAAUGAUCGACCAAUCCCCUGUCUUCUGACGCAGGUCAGCGUCUCGGUUGCGGGGUAGCAGCUCUCCAAAGGUGGCAUGGCAUGCUCUCGAAACAAGCCAACCAGACCAAGCCUGGGCCCGUCCAAACAUGCAAUGCGAUGCCCGCGCAUGAUAAACAUGGUCCUGCGCUGCCGCAUCAACGGCCCAUUUCAGAGACCUGACCUUAGCUCGGCUUGACUUGUUUGAAGAUAGUUAUAAACCUAAACACCGCCGCAUUCGUUCUGAUCCUUACUCUUCUUCACCUUCUUCCUUUACAACCUCGGACCUUGUCGCAACAAAUCACUUAUAUCACAGUCAAUCAAUCCGUAUUUUCGCUUUACAUUUGGACUCUUACUCAACCGCCAUACGCAUAAAUCUCUCAAACGUUGUCACAAUGGCCGACACUACCGAGCAGCAACCCAAGCUCGUUGAUGACUCUCCCAUCUCCCCUGUCGAACGUCGAAACUCGCUGGAGGCCCAUCUCAAGCACCGCCCCGAGCGCUCUGAGCUCGUCGAGAAAAACAUCCUUCCGGCCUCGAACGCAGCGCCAGGCCUCCAAGCGCACCAGAAGGAGCUUGAGAAGCACAUGCUCGAGGACAAGCUCAACGACAAAAUCUCGCACCGCCCAGACCCCGAAUCUCUCAUCAAGGAGGGCGUUCUCCGCGACGACCCGCGCGACGUGACUCAGGACGAGGCUGCGAAGAAGUACGACGAGGCCAUCGAGGACGAGUAUGCCAAGCGUGAAGGUGGCGCCUGAUCAUGAUGUCAUGCGACAGGGCAGGGUACAUACUUAGCCCAGGGUCAUGAGGGCCUCGGUACGGAAACUGUACUCAUGAUGCUAAAUGUGGAGUUUUCUUUUUUUCGAAAUGUGUGAAAUGAAUUGAAUGUUGAUGGCUUUGGUAAGAAGUACGUGUUGUUAACGGACAACAAACAAAUAGGCACUACCGGGCCUCGUAUCAGGUCUUUGUAUUUAUGGAUUGCUAAAUAUUGAGUUCUGCUAUCUAUUACUGAG